AUGGUCGUCAGUAAAAGUUUCAAGUACCAGCGGAUAGGUAGCCGUGUCUAUUAUGAUCAAUAUCAUGACGAUAAGGUGGAGCCAUACUAUGAAGAAUUCAAAUGUUCACACAGAGACAUGCUGGACUAUGGGUUCCUGUUGAUACGGGGUGGCAGCCUUUACCUUACCUACGAAAACUACAUCGUACCUCCGACCGAAUAUUGCUUGGGGUAUUCACAGGGAAUAGUGACCGACACUGUAGUGGCGUACAUAUGCGACGCUAACACAGUGUUCAUGGACAAACGUGCUGCGGGCGCCACCUCGAUUCACUCGUUCUAUUGGGCGAGUUACGUGGCGUCUACAGUGUGCUUGGCGUUCACGCUGCUCAUGUACAACACGCUGCCCAGUCUCCGAAACAACAGCAACUACUAUGUCAAGUGCUACAUGAGCCACGAGUUCGCGUCGUACAUCUGCGUGAUCGCCCAAAUGAUCAUGAAAAACAAACAAGGCCAUACGUGCGUCCUAUUCGGUUAUAUUACUUUUUUUGUAUUUCUGUCAACAUUAUGCUGGUUAAACGUAAUAUGCUUCGAUAUUUACUGGAUGAUAAGGUACAAUAUUUCAAUAAACAGAAAUACAUCAACAUCAGUACGUACCACUAUUUACCAUUUUUACUGUUGUGUACUCCCAAGUAUUUUGGUAUGUACUGGUUUUUUUUUGGAAUAUUCACAAGAUAAAUCGCUACAGAGAUUUGCACCGAAUUUUGAAUUAUAUGGUUGCUUUUAUUACAAUAUGUCUGACAUCGGAGGUGUAGUUUUCAUCCUGUUACCAGUAUUUGUUUUACUAACUGUCAAUUUAAUUUUGUUCAUUGUAACUUUUAACCAUUCUUCAAGAAUUAAAGCUGAACUCAAUAAGUUCAAUCGAACAGAUUCAACAACAGACAAUUUUCAUCUUCAGAGAGAGAAAUUUCAAAUGAGCAUCAAACUAUUUCUGAUUAUGGGAGUCCCAUAUUUUCUUACGGUAUUAACUAUUAUAUUACGAAUUGAAGGAGCAAUACGGUACAUUACUUAUGCAGUUAGCAGUCUACAAGGUGUAUUUAUAUGUAUAAUAUUUGUGGCCAAGCCCCAAGUAAUUAUGGACUUAAGGAAAAUAUUUAGAGGUUCAAUGGAUCACAGUGAGCCGACACAAAUGAACAAUAUCUCUGGGUCGUCAUAA